CCGGAAAGUAAGAGACGGAGGAGGACCCAUGGGAGGAGAGACAAAGGGAAGUAUCCAGAGAGAUGCUACGGGGAUCCCGAUCAGUGGUUUUGUCAUCCUUAAUAACAAAGAUAAAUUGUAAUUGCCAUUGAUUCAUCAUGUCUCAUGACACAGGAAAGGAAGACCCACUUUCUGAACAUACAAGCAGUAGUGAGUCUGAGUCGGAAGAAGACCUUUAUGAAUCUGAAGAUGUUAAUACAUAUGAAUAUUGUGCAGCAGAAUCUGCAUGUAAUUCAUUCUAUAAUAGGACCACGCAAAUAGUGUAUGAAGACCAGUCUGGUAAAAAAGUUGCCCGACUAAGAGAACCCCGGGAUCUAUAUGGAGUGUCAUCUAGCAGCUUCCUCCAUAUGGCAAGAUGGCCGUUAGAGUGUGAAGUGCUCAAGGAAAAAAUUCAUCACAUUGAGUGGAGUCCAUCCACUCCGGAGCCAAUGUACAAAGCAACUGGCCUAGAGAAAGAACAGCUAAAUGUGGAUCCCUCAACUGCCAAAGUCAUCUAUCAGUCAAGGGAAGGAAGCAAGGAACCCUGUUUUGUGUGCUCCCGUGUGGGUGGGAAUCGCAGUCUAGCUAAUGAGUUAAUCCCACAAUACUGUGACACCACUUUGGAUUUUGAGGCUAGAUUCGAGAGUGGGAAUUUACAAAAAGUUUUUCAAACUGGUGAAUUUGACUACCAGAUAACUCUUCGUACAGACCUCUACACCACGCGACAUACCCAGUGGUACUAUUUCAGAGUAAGGAACACAAGAGCCAGCAUUCCCUACCGAUUCACCAUCGUCAACUUCAUGAAACCCACCAGCCUUUACAACCAUGGAAUGCAGCCUCUCAUGUACUCGGAGAAGGAAGCCGAAACACACCACAUUGGUUGGCACAGAAUUGGGGACGAAAUAAAGUACUACAAGAAUAACCUUGGACAAGAUGAAAAGCUGUAUUAUUCUCUUUCAUGGACCUUCACAUUCCCACACAGUAUGGACACUUGCUACUUUGCCUACUGUUAUCCUUACACCUACUCCAACCUGCAGGACUACUUGGCAAACAUUGCUAAUGACCCCGAACGUUCAAAGUACUGCAAGAUCCGAGUUCUGUGCCAUUCGUUAGCUGGGAACAUGGUUUAUGUGCUGACCAUCACCAACCCUUCAACCACAGGAGAACUAAAAAAGAAAAGGGCUAUAAUUGUAACAGCUCGUGUUCACCCGGGUGAGACCAACAGUUCAUGGAUGAUGAAAGGGUUUCUGGAUUACAUAUUGAGCACCAAGAGAGAUGCCUGUCUUCUGAGAGACACAUUUGUGUUUAAAGUGGUUCCCAUGUUAAAUCCAGAUGGUGUGAUUGUGGGAAACUACCGCUGCUCUCUUAGUGGACGAGAUCUAAACCGCAACUACAAAACCAGACUGAAAGAUUCCUUUCCUUGCAUAUGGUUUACCCGUAAAAUGAUCAGUCGUGUGAUGGAGGAGCGGGAGGUACUUCUCUACUGUGACAUGCAUGGGCACAGCAAGAAGCAAAAUGUCUUCAUGUACGGGUGCAAGGGCAAAAGUGUCCAUGCUGGAGAUAGCGACUUGAGUGAGCGAAUUUUCCCGUUAAUGUUUAGCAAGAACUCUCCUGAAAAGUUUUCUUUCUCAGCCUGCAAGUUCAAAGUCCAGAGAAGCAAGGAAGGUACAGGACGUGUUGUGAUGUGGAAGCUAGGAGUCAAGAAUAGUUAUACUUUGGAGGUCACUUUCUGUGGAUCAACACUGGGUAACAGACGCGGAACCCAUUUCAGCACAAAAGAUUUGCAGUCCCUAGGAUAUCACUUCUGCGACACACUCUUGGAUUAUUGUGAUCCAGACAAAAGUAAGGAACUGGAGGUGAUGGUAAAACAGACGGUGCAUUGCAAAAAGGACAAACUACCUUUGGACUCGUUUUUUGGAAGUGUUCUGUCAGAUUCUAGCAGCGGAGGAUCAGAUAGCUCAGAUUCCAAUGGACCCCCUGCCCACCUGAUGGAGCUGGCUGCUAAGGUGAGGCCCAGGAAGAAGCUGAUGAAAUCAAGAAAAGAGAGGAAUACUCUUAGCAAGAAUUGGGGGAUGAACAGAAAUCAUUAUGUGCUGGAUGAAGAUGAAAGCACAGGGGAAACAGAUCAAUUAUUCACUGUGGACCGAGGAAUGAGAGCAAUCAGUAAGCAUAUAAACCUUCCAGAGAAGACAGAUAACAUAGAGAAGAUGUCCAGUCUCCAGAACACUGUCUCCAAGCCACCUAAAAAGAAAUUUUUCAAAGAUUCAGAUGCUAAAAAGGUCUCGAGGAUCUACCUUGUGUUUAACUCCAAUGGAGAAGUAAUUUCAACAAAGUCUCACUCAGAACUUAGGAAAGAAAACAUAAUGGAAAUUGCAGAGAAAUUUGAUGGAGUCCAAUGGAAGAAGCCAGUACCUCUAUUCAGAAGUUUCAUGUCCGAAAGAUUCCCUCUUAGUAGCGUGUCUCAGCAUUGUUGUUACUAUAAUGUUGAACUAGGCACUGGUAAUAACUCUUAUAUUAAGUGUGGCUAUUGGUCGGGAGAAGAGAAAACAGCAGAUGAUCCAGGGAAAAUAGAAUGUUCGCCUUUAUUGCACAGUCAAGCAAAACAUCCAAGCACCAAGGUUCUCAAGGAUAUAGAAACCCAACAGAAAACGGACACCAGAAAUGAUACACUGAUUCACCACGUACUGCCCGUACAUCAGAAAGAUUGUAUUUCAGCUCCUGCCACCGCAACACAUACUACAGAGCAAGUUGUAUCUCGUCCUCCAGGGAGAUCUCCUAUUUCCAGAAGUACCUAUUUUCAGAGUAGUUCCGCUCCUCAGAGGCAGAGCCGUCAUAGUGGGAGCAGUAGGGAGAAGAAAGGUGUGGCCUCACAGAAACAAGGAAGUGGAACAAUUUCAUUUCCUGCUGUGACUACAUCAAAAGGACAAUAUAAAAAUGAUGAUACACACUCUACAACUGCCAAGAAUUUUCGAUCGACUCAUAAUAUUUUACCUAAAAUGGCUUCCAACACUGUCACGGGAAAGGUUUCUAUCAUCCCCAGUAUUCAACCUUUUAAUAAGUUAAAAGAAAAGCCUGCCAUCAAUGGUAAGGUGAUACUGAAUAAGAAGAAGUUAAGCAAUUUGUUGUCUGAGCAGAUCAAGAGCAACAGAGCAGUAGCAGAAUGUAAAAAGUCCUUGGUGGGUACAUGGAAAGAUGUCCUGAUGGAACUAGAAUCCAGCAAGGAAGGGGAACCUGCAGACAACAUCCCUCAACUCUCUGAAAUGCAACGCUUGACAGAUACUGCAACCAAAAGUAAAAAAGACACUUUAAAACAUAAAACAUAUAAUGGUAACCUAAAUGACAACAGGAUAUCUAAUACGAGACUUAGCCUGGCUCCUCUGGAAAUCACUCAACAGAGUUAUCAUCGCAAAGAAGUCAUGUAGAAUUAUAAUGCAUUAAAUAUGUAUGGUAAC